AUGACACAGGUGGCCGUUGCAACCAACCCGACCCACUAUGGCAACCCAUCCACUGGCUGCGAGUCGGACGAGGUCGCCGUUCGCGUGAGCGGGCUGUCGGGCGACUUCUGCAGUCCGAAGUGCGACAGCCAGGGCACCUGCCCAAGCGAUGUGCCCAAGGGCGACACCGCAACUCCGCAGUGUGCGCUCCGAACCACGACUGGCGACAAGUACUGCGGCCUCAUCUGCCAGGCUGACUCGGAUUGCGGCACAGGCAGCUGCCAAAAGAUGAUGGGAAUUGGUUUGUGCACCUACGAGUCGUCUAUCGUAAAGGCCCUGCCGGCUGUAAUGACGCAGGUGGCCGUGGCAACCAACCCGACCCACUAUGGCAACCCAUCCACUGGCUGCGAGUCUGACGAG